UUGCAGCAUCAGAGCUGGACUGACGCUCUUCCUCUGUGUCAGCUGUGUGGCGUCGGUUCGGCCCCGAACUGUGUGUACGGCCCCGACGGGAAAGGGACCCAGAGCCAUCCCAACGAAGACGGACACUUCUGCUUCAGCACUGAGUGCUGCUUCCUGUACGGCGUGUUUAACGGCUACGACGGCAGCCGCGUGGCUAGUUUCGUGUCUCAGCGUCUGACGGCGGAGCUGUUGCUGGGUCAGCUGAUCACCGGUCACACGGAUGCAGACGUGCGCAGAAUCCUCUCACAGGCUUUUGAUGUUGUAGAGAAGAGCUACUUUGAGACCAUUGAUGAUGCUCUUGCAGAGAAAGCAAGCCUCCAAACGCAGCUUCCUGAGGGCGUCUAUCUGUCAGCUCAGACUCAGAAGAUGGCGGAGCGGCUGAAGGCUUUGGAGCAGGAGGUUUCAGGAGGAGCCACUGCCAUAGUCGCUCUGAUACUCAAUAAUAAACUCUACAUCGCUAAUGUCGGAACCAACCGGGUUCUUCUCUGUAAGACCACCAGUGACGGUCAGAACCAGGUGAUCCAGAUCGGACGAGCGCACACAACCGACAACGACGAUGAGCUGUCCAGACUCGCCCAGCUGGGUCUGGAUCCGGUGCGCUUGAGGCAGACUGGACUGAUCUCAGGUCAGAGCAGCACCCGACGGAUCGGAGACUAUAAAGUCAAAUUCAACUACACAGACAUCGACGUGCUCAGGUGUGUUUCUGAUACUCUCUCACACACACACACACACACACACUCACAUCCGUCCUGCAGCAUUGUUUCAAUAUCUGUGGACUACAUUUCCCAUGUUCCCCGGCAGGAGAUCGUUGCCAUGGUAGCGGCGGAGCUGGCGCAGCAGAGCAGUCUGGAGGCGGCUGCGCAGUCGGUGGUGGAGCGCGUCAAGCGUCUGCAUCACGACUCAUACGUGAGCGGCAGACAGAGGGCGCCACACUGCGCCAGACAUGAAGACAUGACGCUUCUGAUCAGAGUCGUUAACUACACACUCGCAGACGGCUCGCUCACACCCACACAAGGAGGACGGAUCUACCCGGUGUCUGUGCCGUACUCGAACCAUCAGAGCACCAGUAAGACCAGCGUCAUGCUGUCUCUGGUCAUGCCGGCGCAGGGAACGCUGACCAACGGCUCCAACACUGCGUCCACGCUGGAGGGAGACACACCGACCGCUGGUCAGAGUCCCACGGCGACGCUGCAGUCGACCAACACACACACGCAGAGCUCCAGCUCCAGCUCCGGAGACGGAAGCCUGUUCCGGCAGAGAGGCAGUCAGGCAGCACAACCGGACGAGACGGGAAGAGUGCCUCCAUACGUCGACUUCACACAGUUCUACCGGCUCUGGGGCUCCGAUCACGGCGAGGGCCAGGGUCUGUCUGGAGAUCUGGGGCCGCAGUGAGGAUCAGGUGAAACACAAUAUUAUUCCAUCUGUGAGCCGACAACAAUCUCCUUAAACUGUAUCUUUGGCCUGUACUCAUGGAUAGAGGAGCUCCACCGACUGUAUCAAAGGGAAACUCACAGCAUCAUGUUUUUAACACUUCACACUCACGUUUCUCUGAGCUUCUUUCUUCCUGCUUCUGUGCAGUUUGACGUCUCUGUAAAACCAAAGUGAGGUCAGACCUGCAUAUAUACGUCUGCCUGUCUGCGUUUUCUGUGUUCUUUGAGUUUUUAGUGUCUUCCUUUAAUAAACAGCUCUUGUUUCAGCACCA